AUGUUCCCAAAGGCCAAGAAGAUCAAGCGCCUGGCAGUGGACGCGACGCUGAGGGCAGCGGCCCCCUACCAGAAGCUCAGGCGGAAGCGCGCAGUGGCGGGAGGCGAAGAGCCACGGCGUGUGUACAUUGACCAGGACGACUUGAGGGCAAAGAGGCUGUCGCGCAAGGCGGGGGCCCUCGUGCUGUUUGUGGUGGACGCCAGCGGAAGCAUGGCCAUCAACCGCAUGGCCGCGGCCAAGGGCGCCUGCCUACAGCUUCUGGGGGAGUCCUACACCUGCAGGGACCAGGUGUCCCUCAUCCCGUUUUUUGGGGACAAGGCCGAGGUUCUGCUGCCCCCCUCCCGCUCAGUCACCCUCGCGCGGCGCCGCCUGGAGGCGCUGCCCUGCGGCGGCGGCAGCCCCCUGGCUCACGCCCUCAGCCUCGCCAUACGCACGGGCCUGCAGGCAAAGGCGAUGGGAGACGUGGGGCGCAUCACCGCGGUCCUCAUCACUGACGGCCGCGCCAACAUAAGCCUCGCCAGGUCAAAUGACGAGCCCGAGGCGCUGGCGCCCGACGCGCCGCGCCCCUCCUCAGAGCAGCUGCGGGAGGAGGUGCUGGACAUGGCCAGGAAGAUGGCGGCGGCCAACAUCAACCUGCUGGUCAUCGACACAGAGAACAAGUUUGUGGGCAGCGGCUUUGCCCAUGAAAUUGCCGAGGCCGCACAGGGCCACUACCACUACCUCCCAAACGCGUCGGAUGCCGCCAUCGCCGCCGCCGCCAGCCGCCACUUCAAGAUGGCCGCGGCGUGA